CAUGAGGCCUAGAAAAUAGAAAUUGGAUAUCAAAAAAACCAAAACAAAUCUACAAUUAUUUCAUACCAUAGCUUUCGCCAUUAAAUACCAUCAUAUAUCAUAUGAUAUUUCCAAAAUCAACCAUGGCCCUCUUUUGCUUAUCAAUAUUCACAUUUUCUUUCACCUUAACAAUCCUCUUAUUGUUAAACUCAACAACACCCCAGACACAAUCAUCUCAAACAAAACCAUGCAACGAUGAUCCUUACAAACAACUCAACCUUAUUCGUUAUCCAAAUGGCACAAUCAUUCGACAAAACAAAUCUACGACACCUCCUUCAUUAGAUCCUGCCCUCCCCGUUGUCUCCAAAGAUCUCAUCAUCAACAAAUCAAAACCCACGUGGGCUCGGAUCUACCUACCCCACAAAGCACUAGAUCUCACCUCCAAGAAACUUCCUCUUUUAAUUUUUUUUCAUGGUGGUGGAUUCAUUUUUCUCAGUGCUGCUUCGAAAAUUUUCAAUGAUUUUUGUUUCAACAUGGCAAACAACGUUGUAGCGGUUGUCGUGUCGGUGGAGUAUCGUCUCACACCGGAACAUAGACUCCCUGCUGCAUAUGAAGAUGCGGUGGAGGCGCUGCACUGGAUCAAAAGUAACCAAUCAGAUGAGUGGUUAAGAAACCACGUUGAUUAUUCUAAUGUUUUUAUUAUGGGUAGUAGUGCGGGUGGAAAUAUAGCAUACAACGCGGGUCUACGUGUAGCAAUGGUGGAAGAUGUAGAAGAUGAAGUUUCUAAGAUGAUCAAAGGGCUUAUAUUGAUUCAACCUUUUUUCAGUGGGACCCAUAGGACACGUUCGGAGGUUAGGCUUGCUAAUGAUUCUCAUUUGUUAUUGUGUAAUAAUGAUGCGUUAUGGGAAUUAUCGUUACCGAUUGGUGUUGAUCGUGAUCAUGAGUAUUGUAAUCCAAUGGUGAGAGAUAAUGUUUUGAGGUUAAAGAAGGUUAGAGAAUUUGGGUGGUGGGUGUUGGUGACCGACUGUGAAGGUGAUCCACUUGUGGACCGUUCGAUUGGGUUAGUGAGAUUGAUGGAGGAGAAUGGAGUGAAUGUUGUGGGACAUUUUACAAAAGGAGGUUAUCAUGGGGUUCAAGAUAGUGAGCCUUUGAAAGCAAUGGAACUUUUUGGGGUGAUUAAAACAUUUAUUUCAUCUUUGCAUAGUCACACUAUAGAAUGAAGUACAUUGAUUGUGUUAGUUGAAUGUGUUAAAUGUUUAGAAAAUGAAAAUAAAUAUCAAUAAAACUAGAAUUUGGAUUAUUGUUUAAA